AUGGGUGGCGUCAACUUUCCCGAUCCCGCUGUAAUCAGAACAUCUUCCGGCUGGCACCUCUUCAGCACCAACGCUCUCGUCGACGGCAAAUGGAUCCACGUCCAACGAGCCUCAACCACCGAUUGGAAAACCUUUAAAUUCCACCGCGGAGUCGACGCCCUCCCCAAACUCCCCUCAUGGGUCGCAGCCUCCCCUCGCGUCUGGGCCCCCGACGUCUCCGUCCUUCCCGACGGCACAUUCAUCAUGUACUACACGGCAGCCAUCAAAUCCUCUCCUUCCAUCCACUGUCUCUCCUUCGCAACAGCCGCCAAAAUCACCGACCCUUUCAUCGACUCCAGUUCCGCCCCCUGGAUCUGUCCCUCCAAAUCCGGCGGCGCAAUAGACAUUUCCAGUUUCACCGACGAAAAACACCCUCCUCCUCCUUCUGCAAACAACAAACAACCACCAUUUCGAAGAUACAUCGUCUACAAAAUCGACGGCAACGCAAUCGGCCACGGAGGCGCUUGCGGAAAUACCGUAAAACCAAUAAUCCCCACUCCCCUCCUCCUCCAAGAAGUUUCUCCCCACGACGGCCACACUCUGAUCAACGGCCCUCCCAUCCCCCUUCUCACCAACAGUCUCAUCUCCGACGGCCCCUAUAUCGAAGCACCCAGUCUUACCUUUUUUCAAGGAAAAUUUACAUUAUUUUUCAGCAGUAAUUGUUAUACGAGUGAGAAAUAUGAUGUGCAAUAUGCCACUGCGGAGAAUAUUCGAGGCCCGUAUACGAGGCAGGGACAGGUUUUGAGGAGUCAUGGGCCGUUUGGGUUGUUGGCGCCUGGAGGGUUGGAUGUCGCGAUUAAUGGGGAGAGGGUCGUGAUAUCUCAUUAUUGA